CUGGACGACGCGCUCCAGCAGAUGGGCCUCUGCGCGGCCGCGCCGGAGCUCUACGGGUCGCUCUGCGACCUCGGCGGCGUCGCGUCCAUCGUCGGGCUGCUGUCGCACGAGAACGCGGACAUCUCCGCGUCGGCGUGCUCGCUGCUCUACGACCUGACGGACGCGGACGUCGUCGACUCGUCCGAGGCGGGCGCCGCGGGCGCCGCGACGCUCGCCGCGGCCAUCGAGGCGGCGCAGGGUCUGGAGGUGCUCGCGUCGAACGUCGCGCGCUUCGACGAGGCCGUCACGGAGGAGGCCGAGGCCGUGCACAACACGCUCGGCGUCUUCGAGAACGUGCUCGACGUC